GUUGCUGUAGCUGUGACUGGGUCUGUCGUCUGGGCUGUGUUGACUCGCUCCUCUCUGGAUGCUUAGGAAGAGCUGGUGGACAGCUGAGAGCUGCUAGCUGUCAGCAGAGCUGUGGUGUUUUCAGCCACCGGCUGUACCUGGGACCUUAUCUGCUGACAUCUGGCAACACUUUUGGAUGGAGCAGUCGUGAUCCUACUAACAAAUUCUUGUUCUGAUUCACUCUUAAAUACCAAAGGCUGGAGGUUUGAGCCUGGUCAAUGUAUAUAGCACUUACCUCAACUCCACCAGAAAUGAAUGCCAACAGUAUGCCUAAACAAGUUGAGGUGAGGAUGCAUGAGAGUCACCUGGAGCCCAUUGAGGCCAGGCCUCAGUCCAAGUGUGCCCAAAUCUGCUCCAAGAUGUUCAAGAACCUUCUGCUCACGCUCACUGUCCUCGGUGUGAUCUUAGGAGCUGUAUCAGGGAUGUUGCUCCGUGUUGCCUCUCCGAUCCACCCAGAUAUUGUCAUGGUGAUCUCUUUUCCUGGAGAUAUCCUGAUGAGGAUGCUGAAGAUGUUGAUCCUCCCACUCAUCAUCUCCAGUUUAAUCACAGGUCUGGCUGGUUUGGAUGCCAAAUCUAGCGGUCGCUUGGGCACCAGAGCUAUGGUCUACUACAUGAGCACCACUAUUAUUGCUGCUGUUCUGGGAGUCAUCCUAGUGUUACUGAUCCACCCUGGCAACCCCAAACUGAAGGAGAAUCUGGGCGAGGGCGAGGUCAAUGAUGAUGUGUCCAGCUUGGAUGCCUUCUUUGAUUUGAUCAGGAACCUGUUCCCAGAGAAUCUGGUGCAGGCUUGUUUCCAACAGAUCCAGACUGUCACAAAGAAGAUAGAAGUGGCUGUUGAGGAGGAUGUCAAUGCCACCACCCUGGAGGGCCUAGUGGCUAACAUUACCAAGGAGCCUCAGUACAUCGUCAGAAAGUCCCUACAGUUCAAAAGUGGCAUGAAUGUUCUGGGUCUGAUUGGUUUCUUUAUUGCAUUUGGCAUCUGCAUGGGCAAGAUGGGAGAAAAGGCCAGACUCAUGAUUGAAUUCUUCAACAUCCUCAAUGAGAUUGUGAUGAAAAUUGUCAUCUUGAUCAUGUGGUACUCUCCCUUUGGUAUUGCCUGUCUCAUCUGUGGUAAGAUCAUCUCCAUCAAGGACCUGGAGGUGGUGGCCAGGCAGCUGGGCAUGUAUAUGGUCACUGUAAUUAUUGGCCUCAUCAUCCACGGAGCAAUCUUCCUGCCCAGCAUCUACUUUGUUAUCGUCAGGAAAAACCCCUUCACCUUCUUCCUGGGCAUCUUCCAGGCCUGGAUCACUGCCCUGGGGACAGCCUCCAGUGCUGGUACACUGCCUGUCACCUUCCGUUGUCUGGAGGAGAACUUGGGUAUUGACAAAAGAGUCACUCGUUUUGUGCUCCCAGUCGGUGCCACCAUCAACAUGGAUGGAACUGCUCUGUAUGAGGCUGUUGCAGCCAUCUUUAUUGCCCAGAUGAAUGGCAUCCACCUUGACCCUGGUCAGAUUGUCACUGUCAGUCUGACAGCCACCCUGGCCAGUGUUGGAGCAGCCAGUAUUCCCAGUGCCGGCCUGGUGACUAUGCUCUUGAUCCUUACUGCUGUAGGCCUGCCAACCCAAGACAUCAGUCUGCUGGUUGCUGUUGACUGGCUGCUGGAUCGAUUCAGGACUUCAGUGAACGUGGUGGGUGACUCCUAUGGUGCAGGCAUCGUGUACCACAUGUCCAAGGCAGAGCUGGACGAGCUGGAUGCGCACACGGCUAAAUCAGAUGACAUUGAAAUGAUGACGAAGACCCAGUCUUAUUACGAUGACAUGAAGAACCAUCACGAAAACAAUUCCAACCAGUGCGUCUUAACCGCUACCGCUACCUCUACCUCUACCUCUACCUCUACCACAACUGCUACCGUCACUGCUAACAAUUCUGUUGUAGUAGAUGAAUGCAAGGUAACCUCAGCUACUAACGGCUCUGCUGCGGAGUGCACGCUUGUUGAGGAGGAACCAUGGAAACAUGAAUAAUGGCAGCACAGAGAUCCCCUGCUCCUGGGCUCCACAAGCUUUCCUACUUGGUGAUAAAAAAGAGUGAAUGGAAAAAAAAGUCACACGAACAGAACUACUAAUUGUUUUUUUUUAUGUAGUUUAGUUUUCUUUCCUUUUUUUUAUUAGUCCCUUUAAACGUUUUUGCAACUGUCUAUCUGACUGAUAUAUAAUACUAAUUCACUUAACCGUGAAAUUAUAACAGAGGUAUACUUUACCUGUUAGAGCACAAUUAUAUCCUACAUAGCGGAUACUUGCACAACAUACUUCAAGGCUUGGGGAGGGAAGGAAGAGAAAAAAAGAGAUAUUUAUUAGAUAAGCUAUUCCUUGCAGUAUAUCUUGGUUCUACAUUUAUAAGAUGAGAGAAGAAGUGGCUGUUUAACAUGGGAUGCGCUGAGAUCAUCUUCCAAGUUUCAUACAGGUGGUUCAUUAUUUUAAUGUCAGAAGAAGAGCAGGAGCAUUUAUCAUGACAACCACUGUAAUGUUUGUACUGAACUUCCUGGCUUUACAUUGCUGUCACUGAUUUUCCUCUCCAUCUCAGUCUCUCAUCUGAGAACAUCACUUUCGAUUCUUAAACUGCCUUUAGAGUGAAUCUGACUGCAUUUGCCGAACAUUACCCACUAUCCCUGAGGUCCAGCAAACUGAUGAAAGGGUAGGAAGCAGGGAGAACGACCAUGCUGAGCCUCUCAAACUACAAGCACAUUCACAGUGAAAUUAGAAAGCAUAAGUCAUACCAUGGAGCCCAUUUUUUUUAUCCCCCUUUUGUUUGGUUUUUUGGGUCAACUGUAAAAAAGAAAAAAAGGGACUUUUUUCUUUGUGUCACCUGUUGAGUGAGAUAUAAAACUUGUUUGAGCGUGUGCCUGUGUGUAUGAUAGAGAGAGAGAGGGAGAGCUGCGGUUAAGAACAUGACCAACUAAAUUAUAGGGACCAAACAGGCAGAUAACCAAUCAACUCACAGAGGCCUUUGAACUGCCUCCAUGACGUCACUCUCAUUACAUUCUUCAGAAUUCCUACAUUAACGUCUGUUUAUAAGUGGCUGGCACAGCACGUGAUAUUAACACUUUUUUCCGAUGAAGCUUAAAAAAAUCCCUGCCCUGAAAAUGAAACUUUAUACAGUACUUUCCCCCACAAAACAUUUUGUGAUGCACAUGACAUUAAAAGAAAUUAGCAUCAAAAUGAUUAUUGUAAAAACAAACAAUAGUAAGGAGUUUACAUAUCUGAAAUUAUAGCACAAAAAAGAGAUUAUAUAGAGCACAAACCGAGUCACAGAGCACAAAUAUAACCAAAACCCCAAUGUGGAUAAUUUUCAUCAUUAUUCCACGUCGACACUGAUCGUAUUCCAAGUUUAAAAAAAAAAUUUUAAAAACUCAAUAAGGGACAGCAAAUUAUUCUCAGGCUUGUGUGUUUCCUCUUUUACAGGAGGAAAAAAUGUUGUAAUCCUAAAAUGUUUACUUGCUCACUAGAGCUUCAAGAAAAUGGCCUCUCGACAGCACAACUUUUAAAAGUGCUGACUCUAAAAACGGAGACAGUUUACUGGAAUGGUCUUUGUGAAAGAUAGUGAUUUUAUAAUAUGAUAAUGUGCUGGGAAGAGAGGUUUUGUAGCACAUACAGGAAGCACACACACACACACACACACACACACACACACACACACACACACACACACACACACACACACACACACAGAUAUUCAGAUUAUAUUCCAGCGGUUGAGUGAUCCCUCAACCUGUGUUCUCUCUGAAAGCACAGGAACGGCUAUUACUGAACACUGACAGAGUACACAAGGUGAACCACCAGAAGAAUUUCAAAAUAAAGAAACGAAGGAAGAAGUAGCUCUCGGCUGUCAGAUGGAUUCUUGGCUUGCACAAACAGAGGCAGCUCAUUGCUAUAAUGCUUCGGGGAGGCUUGCCAGCUUCUUGUUUAGCCAGACCUAAAAAGGUAAACAAUGAUAUAUUUUAGCCACCAGAGCUCAAGACUGUUUCUACAAAACCCUAGAUGCUGCAGCUGUGUGUCCAUACUGGUGCAAAGACAUGUUAGGAAACACAGAACAGAACAAUGGACACUUCACAUGCAUUUUGCCAGAAUGUUGCCAACCUAUCAGGUAAUAAAAAUAUAUUCCUCUCAUAGAACCAAAUGGCUUAACCUGCAAACACACAAACAAAGCUGUACUACUGGCUGUUAAUCUUUUUUUAGCCUGUGUGAGUGAGAGGUGAGACUUCUGUGGUGUGGGUUUGUGGAUUGGAUUUCUUUAUCAGUAUUGUGUCCUUCUCUCUUGUCUUGUGUUUUGUCAUGUGCGCUAAUGACAACCUUGCCUUGAAGAUGUUCACUUCAAACAAAUGCCAAUUAAAGUAACAUUAGAGAACUUAACAAAACACUUAGUACAACACUCGGUCCUUUAGUACCUGAAACCCACUCUCAGAAGAUGUCUUUUGCUUUUUUUUUUAAAGCUUGGCUAACAGAAGUGUGCUUUGAUACAACAUAGAGCCCACUUGGUGUUUUGCUGUACGCACUGCGCAGACUGAUGCACACCAUACACACAAAAGCAAGCAUGAAGACACACACUUUCUCACACACACACACACACACACACACACACACACACACACACACAUGAUUUUAUUUUUCCAAAUGCACACAAGCAGUCUUAAACCUUGAAGGUCACUACAUUUAUAAUUGUAAUCAAGCAUGCCGCGGAGCACAGUACUGACACCCGAACAGGCCCUCUGAGCCUGAUCUUUUGACCAUGUGAUCUUCAGGAAAAAAAAAGAAUCUCUCCAGUAAGGAGACAAUGCAGACCAUAGUGUCAUCAAUGGGGAUUGAGUGUUGGACCACUAUUAUGUUCAAACUCACGGUUUUAGAAGCAUGAAUAAAAUAAAAUUAUAAUUAUUUUUUUGCACCACUAUCUUAAAAGCAUGAUAUUUUAAAGUGCCUCCUUGCACUUUGUGUAUAUAUUGUAGGUAACAGAUGUUUUUGUUUGUUUGUUUGUUUUGUUCCUUUUGUUUUCUUUUGGGGGGGCAUUGAAAUGGUAUGUAGGAAUAUAGUUUCAUUGCUGUGACAUUUUUAAUGUAAUCCUCUAGAAAAAAAAAUCAUCUAUGUCCUGAGUAAAAUUAGAUUAGACGAAAUGUAUAGAGAGGAAAUCGUGUAAUAAAUUGCUUGUUUUUUUAUGCUCUAAUAGCUGUUAACUAGUUGUUUUACUUACCUGUCACACACCAAUAUAUAAAUAUCUUUUUUUUUUUUUAAAUCUAAUGUAAGCGUUUUGAAUGUUUGUUCCAUGAAGAUAUAAGCAGUAUGCAUUCAUUUUCAUUGUACAUAAAUAAAUAUGUAAUUGCUCUGUUCAGAGGCAAUGCAGAAUUUUCUGAAAAAUACAGUGAUUCUGGAGCAAACACUGUUUGCCUGAAGGCGAGAAAGACAAAGGGAGAAACAAAAGAGAGAGAAAGAGAGCGAGGGAAAGUUUUUGUUCUGAUGAAGGGGGCCAGCAUGACUUGUUUUGGUCGGAAUUACUGGGAUAAAGGUUGCCAAAAGGAGAGACAAAUAAAGGAAAAGGUCAAAUUUGCCCUGUAUGUAGGAUAGAGUGAGGAAUCAAACACAGCCUAUAAUAGUUAUCUGAGUUAAAGAACAAACAUCAUGCAAUGUAUUCAAAUGCCUGUUACAGUAUAAUGCAACAUUCCUUCCUCAGGUGACUCAUCUGAACCAUUUUGUCUUUUCAAUGGAGAAAACUGGCUUUAGUCUCAGGCAUCUUUGUACGAUGGCAUAUUAGGGCCAUUGUAGAUAUUUUUUUAAAUUAAUAAAUUACGGAGCCGGGGUGGGGUGGGGGUAUUCCUUGGAUAUUCUCUGAGCUUUCAAACAGUUAGUUAGAUAUGAGGGACUGCAACAAAGCCACUUGAAAGUAUGUCACAUCCUAGUCAUUUAUAAAUGCCUGCAGCUCUUCCCCAAUUUGUUAUGUUUUUGGUCUUUGAACUGAGGAAGUAUUUCAUAAUACAGGUUGGUGAAAUUAGCUUAUAUGUGACGGCUGUUGUUAUUAAUAUCUGCACGCCCUGCUUGAUAGAGUACAGAGCCUUUAACAAUAUAAGCACAGGUGAAAAAUAGUAUUUUACGAGUUUUUUUCUCAUAAGUAUGUGACUUUAAUCUCAGACAAUAAUUUUUAUUGGAAUGUUACACCCCUCACCAAGCGUUUUUAAAAACAUUUUGGUACCUACAAUGGCCCUGAUAUGCCGUUGUAUUUUUGUUUACCUGGUGCAUCUGCAUUUAAAGCUGCAAGACACGGACAUCUAGAUCUUUUAGAUUCUGUGUUACCCUGUCUACAUGCCACAACAUGCCACAUUUGACCUCUGACAUGCCAUCGACGUUAUGGGGGUUUAUAGAAAUCCAACCCUGUAAACUGCCUUUACUUGCCUUUUUUUGCUUUCCACACGAAAAUGCACGCACAAACACCUGGAACUUGCUGAGCUAAAUGGUACUGAUUAAAUGGAAAUUGAAUGACACGGUAUUUCAACAAAGAGCCAGUAUAUCUUCAAGCUUGUCCUUUUCUACUGAAACGUGUCCUUUUGAAGAAGCUCCUAAACAGAGCUGAUGACCUGCCUCACUCCUGCCUACAACGUGCUUUCCUGAUCUUACUUUUCUAGGCCUUCCCUCUUUGUAAAGCUGUUGUAAUUUUGAUGUAAAGGCAGAGUGUAUGUAUGUGGGGGGAGAUACACUUUCAAGCAAAAAAGACAAAAAAAGACAUGAUUUCUUUCCAUGGUCUAUGGUAUACAUAAAAAAAAUCUGUUUCUACAUAUCAAUAAGUGUUGUACCUUUGGUGUACAUAUACAAAUAUAACUAAUAAAUGUUGAUUCAUAACUAAA